UCGAAUUUUAAAACACUGCUACCGACUGACACAAUUCUCCCUUUCGCACCAGUGAAUCAAAAUUUAGAGCUGAAAUCACAGUUGAAGAAGACAUUGGAGCCCUAAAACAACACCAUCCAUGGAAGCACAGAGGAAUAAGCUGUUGAUGGGCUUGAUUAUUCUCACAGUGUUCGUUUCAGGUUCAAGAGGUUGGACCGGGGCAAUCCAUGGCCGAGUUAUCUGCGAUGUCUGUGGCGAUUCUUCCAUUGGCCCAGAAGACCAUGUUCUUGAAGGUGCUGAAGUAGCGGUUCUUUGCAUAACAAGAUCGGGAGAAGUUCUAAAUUACCAGGCAUUUACCAACUCCAAGGGUAGAUACACUGUUGCAGAGACGAUGUCGGAAAACAACCGUUGGGAUGCAUGCCUCGCUCGGCCAAUCAGCAGUUUUCAUGAACACUGCACCCAUCUCGGUGCUAAUAGCUCGGGAGUGAAGUUCAGUUACAAUCAUCCAUCUGGUCACUCUCACACUGUCAGGCCUUUCGUCUAUCGACCGAGCAGCAUGCCAACAUACUGCAUUUGACAAAUUCUGAAUAGCCGCAAUAAGGUUGUGAGGUUGGAAGUCCACAAUUGAGUCUUCUUAUUAAAAAAUGUUAUCUUCUAUAUGCUGGUUUUAAUGUAAACCUCAGUCUGUUUAUAUCAACUUUUUUGUUAUGAUGUACAUCAAUUAGAACCAAUGUUACUGAUAGAUUUUGGAAAAUAUUGCCUGGUUGAUACCGAUUCUCAUAUCCAUAAUAUGGUAAAUUGGUACUAUGGGGCUAUCAAGGAGAACGUUUCCUUUA